AUGCCCAAACAUCACACCACCCAAAACUCUUCAACCACCGUAACCGCCAUUCCUCCACAAGAACCACACCAACUGGUCAACCCAGAAAUUUCCGAAUAUUUACUCAACGUAAAUUCUGUUGAAGAAGAGUUUCAUCCCAUCUCAUGUCUCAACUGUAAAAAGCUCCAUAAGAAAUGCAACAAGAAACUCCCACAAUGUGAUCGAUGCGUUUCGAAAGGAAUUUCAUGUCAAUAUCCCGAUCCAAAAAAGACAAAGAAGAAUACAUCUUCGGGAUCUUCUCUAAACGAAAAUACUCUUGCAACUACACUGAAAAAUCAAAAUUCUCAUCUCUCUAAACGCAACGUUCUUGAUCUGUAUUAUUCUGUCAUUUGCCAUUGCCAUGCCAAUGCAGUGAUUGAAAGAACUCAAUUUGAAAAUUAUAUUUUAUAUAGAAAUUUAGAUGAUGAAAAUCAACCAGAUGAAAUCAAAGCCAUCAAUUGCUUGUAUUUGAGUAUUCAAGCAUUGGCUGAACAGAGAUGUGGUUUAUCUGAAUUGUCCGAAGAGAGUGCAACAAAGGCAAGAACUUGUUUGAGUAAGAUUUUUGAUUUUCAUACCAACUUUUAUGUGACUUGUGCCUAUGUGUAUUUGGCUUUGUUUGAGUCUGGAAAUGGAAGAUUUAGAAAUGCAAGGUAUUAUCUUCACAAUUCAAGUUUCUACUUUGAAGAAUUAAAGAAUAUUCAACUCACUCCCGAACAAGUAGCACUUACUAAAACUAAAAUCUAUGUCGAGUGUCAAUGCAAUGAGAGUAGAGAUGAAGUGAGUGAAAUGAUGAGAGAAUUACCAAGCAUGUUUUAUCUAGCUACUGGAAAAUUGCUUCCAUCUCAAUGGUCUAAAUUGUUGGUGUUAGAUGAUGUCAAUACUCUCAAUGUUGCCAAUCGACUCCGAGCUGCUGAAAUUGUUUCUGGAACCAGUCAUAAAAAUCUCAGAGAAUUAGCACCACCAGAAUUUAGAAAAGAUCACGAAAGUAAUUUAUGUGAUACUUCAUAUACCAUGAUUAUAUGUGGAUUAAGAAUUGGAAUUUUAUCCAAAGUUGGUUGUGGUAAACAAUUAAUUGAAGAAUCUGCUCUGAAAAUAACCUAUUUGACACAAGCUCCAAAUUUUGCACUCGUUCCUCCAAAUAUGGUAGUCUAUGUGGCCGUAGCUGCAAUGAUUCAUUUGCAUUUAGUUCGUUUAAUCAACAGUGGACAACGUGCUAAUCAUCAAAUAGGUCUAUUGAGCGAUGGUAGAAAAGGCCCAGUGAAUUAUCAUGAAAUUCUUUCAAUAGAUUUACAAGCAUUGAAAUUAUUAGCUACAAGAUUUAAGAAGGUUUCUGUGACGUAUGGAUCGUUGAUGCAAGAAAUUGAAAAGAGUAUUCCCAAGACUGUGAUUGAAAAUUUGGAAGCAAAACAAAAAGAAAAGAAGGAAUUUAAUAUUUCCAAGAUUCAAGAAAAAUCCAUAACUUUUUUAAAUGAAAACAAUCAGAUUAUUUAUGCACCAUUGAGAGAAAUUGAGGAUGGAAAGUUGGAAAACUUUGAAGUGAUACAACAUACAGAGUUGACAUUGGGACCAGAAGCUAGAAAUAUGAUCGUGCUGAAUCAACAACAGCAAGUUCUCACUAAUAAUAGCACCUCUAACACUGUCGCCACCGCUCCUACUACUGUUCAAACUGGUUGCCAGUCACAGUUAUCGCAACAACCAUUGCAACAACAACCCAUUUCACCACAACUCCAACAACAGUUACAACAACAAUUUCAACAACUCCAACAACUCCAACAAUUACAACAAUUACAGCAACAACAAUCAUUAUCUCCAUCGUUGAUCAACUCGACAAUGCAAGUACCUACCACCCUUAACAAUAAUAUUGCAUAUAACCACUCAAACAACAACUUUAAAAACAACAUGCCAUAUAUGGAUCCCACAAUUUUAAACCCUACUGGUAUUGCUCAAACUCCGAAUACGGUCAUGAGCGCAACAUCCUCUUCAGAUUCAUCUUUUGAAGGUUUAAACCCACAACCCGAACAACAAGUGUCAAGUGAUGACGACGAUAACACCUUCGAAGAUUUAUUGCUGGAUGAAUUAAUGCAAGGUAAUGAGGAUUAUGAUCAAUUCCUCGAGUACGACGAUCUCGAUACUAUAUUUGAUCCUUCCACCUAUGUUUCAGAGGAAUAA